GCGGACGCAUAUUAACUCGACAUGUGAGCAUAUUAAUUCUAUUUCUUCAUUGCCUAAUGCCUUUUGCCAUCUCAUUAAACCGAAAAGUAUUUCUGAAUCCAUCAAUGAACAAAAAUGGUCCAAUCGACAUUACCGGAUAUACUCGAAGGCGUCCUUAAUGCUCUUCCCCAAGACCCAGUAGGCGUUUUAGAACUCAUUCAAUUUGAUUCAGCUGCCUGGAAGGAUGAGCUCAAAAUUUGCAAAUUUCUAUGUGACGACAUCAAUAGUAUCGGACCGUCUCGGGCGAAUCUGAUGAAUGCGCUGGUAGAAGACCACAAGUUCGCAAGCGGAUCUCCACAAGAAAUCCAAGAUUGGAAAGAUGAACGGAUAAGAGUCCAACAAAAACUAUGGUUGCUUGCGCAAAGUGUGCUUCGUGAUCAACAUAGCCGCAGCCUUCUCGACAGACAUACAUUUAUUAAGUGCCGGAAUCGCAUUCUCCGGAAUUUGUGGCGUUUACAUUGUCAUCGAAGGGCCUUAGCGAAUAAGAAUAGGACCGAAGGACGAAUGGGUAAUGCUCUCCUAACAGCAUACUCAUAUCCGACUGCGAGCAACACACUGGAUCACGGGGUGACUAAGAAGUCAGGACGGAAAACCAGACCAGGACAAGCAACAUUCAGCAUAGACGUUUCACAAUUCUAUGCUUGCCGCAAUGAAGAUAAAUAUUGGUGCCCAGUAACUCAGCACUGGCUACCACGCAAGAGCGUGACGGCAGCACAUAUUGUUCCUUAUUCGUUUGGAGAAAAAAAUUUCAAAGCGGUCUUUGGCAAGGCCACAAAAAUGAGUCUCAUGGACGUCACCAAUGGGCUGUUCCUACACAGGGACGUUGAACAGGCAUUUGAUCGGAAAGAGUUGGUAAUCGUACCGCUGUAUCAGGGUUGCCAGCCAACAAUCUUCAGAGCUUGCGUUCUGGACCCCAAAAAGCUGGAGGGCACUAACGACGAGCGUACAUAUGGCUCUGGCACAUACCGGUGGGCUGAUAUUGACGGAAAGGAACUUAAAUUCCAGAACGACAAUCGUCCUGCGAGACGUUUCCUCUACUUGCACAUCCUCCUAACGCUCAUCACGAGAAGCAUACACGAAACAGAAGACUGGGCGUUCAGGCUCAGUUCGCUUGCUGUAACCGGCGUUCAGUUAACUGAUGACCAGAGUAUGAGCACUGCAGUGUUCUGGGAUCUUGUCAACUUUAUUGCGGACCCUGCGGUCGUGUUUGUGGCAAAAGACAUAAUUCACACGCUCAGUCAUCAAACUUGGGAUAUUCAUGCGGAAGUAUCUGCAGAUAUGAUGGGAUGGGUUGCAAAUUUCGAAUUCAGUAGUGACAGCGAUGAUGGAACCAGCGCCGAAGAAUGGAACUGAGUCUUCAUAAAGGAAACUAUUUUGCAACAAGAGCGGUGUCUCACAAACCGCAAUCAGGAAGCUUUUAGAAAGUUAAAGCUGAAAUUAUCGCCAACGUAUUCCACAAGCGAGCGGCGCACCGCAACCAAAGCAAACCACUUCACAAGCAG